AUGUCUGAUUACUUUAGCUCCAGGCCUUUGCAAACGCUCACGCCGAUGGGUAAUAGGCCAGUUGGUGGUGGCAAUAGCGGCGGCGAUGAUGCUUCCUCCAUUCACUCAAAGAGCUCGCAGUACUUGAUGGAUAUCCUACCAGAUUCGAUGACUUUAAACGAAAGCGUUUCUUCCACAGUGGCCAAUAAUCAAACAAAGGAGUUUAUUUUGCCUGAGACAGACGAGAGAUCCCCUUAUUUCAUCAAUGUCCCCGUACCCAAAGCCCAACCAACUUCUACGUCGGACACGAAGAAGACCCUGCCAGGUGACGAAGCUGUCGAUGGACAGUUUGUUAAGGAGUAUCCCACCGAUAUUCUCGUGGACAGGUUUUAUAAAUGGAAGAAAAUUCUGAAAGGUUUGGUGAUAUAUUUAAGGGAAGUUGCGUAUGCGCAAGAACAGUUUGCACGGAUCAACUAUAAUUUGAAAGGGUCUGUGAAGUUUCCGUUCUUAACUGAUAUUGAUGAAACCACCAAUACGAUCACAGAUCCAUUCACAACGGGUUCUAGAGGAUCCAAGAAAGCACCGGCAGCACAGAAGAAAGUUGGUUUAACUGAUAACGAACAAUUUCAAAUGCAAAUGCAACAGGAACAGCAGGAAAGUGCCAUGCAGCCUCCUACAGACGAAAGCAAGAUGAGCUUGGCUCCUCAUGAAUACAAGCCCGUACAAACCGCGGAGUCAGACAACACGUCAGCUGCAUCCGGUUUUGUAAAAUUUGGUUCAGGCUCCAUUCAGGACAUUCAGGUUAUCUUGAAGAAGUACCAUCUUUCGUUGGCUAACCAACAGUUCAAAAUCUCUAAAGAGAUCACCUCCACCGUUAUACCUAAACUGGAAGAACUAAGAAAGGAUUUGAGGUAUAAGAUUGCAGAGAUUAAAGACCUUCAUGGUGACUUCAAAACGAACAUCGGAGCUCAUAUUCAGCUAACAAGUCAAUUACUGAAAAAAUACAUUGCGGCUGUAAAAUUCAUGAAUGCACAUGGUAUUGGAAAUGAUAGGGUCUCUCCCACAAAUAAAAAACCGCAUAAACUAGAUCCUAAACAUGACCCAUAUCUUUUGAAACUUCAGCUAGACUUGCAACUCAAGCGGCAGGUUGCAGAAGAAACCUAUUUGCAGGAAGCGUUCAUCAAUUUACAAACGUCGGGUUUACAAUUGGAAAAAAUUAUAUACACUAAAAUCCAACAUGCCUUAUUACGUUAUUCUGCUCUAAUUGACUCCGAGGCUCGCUUAAUGAUCAAAAAUAUGUGCCAGGAAUUACAACACGGUAUAAUAUCAAAGCCUCCUGCUUUUGAAUGGGAUAAUUUCGUCAUUCAGCAUCCUUCCUGUUUACUCAAUUGGAAAUCUAAUGACCCUAUACCACCUCCAAGAAAAGUUUCAGACGUUAUUUAUCCUCAUAUGAAGUCUCCACUGGCGAAAUGUAUCAAGGCAGGGUAUUUUCUGAAAAAGUCAGAACUAUUGCCCACUUAUCAUCAAGGAUAUUUUGUUCUAACAUCAAACUAUAUCCAUGAGUUCCAGAGUAGCGAUUUUUAUAACCUAUCAUCUUCCACUCCUACUUCUACGAAAUCCUCAGCUUAUUCUUCUUCCACCUCCAUAGCUGACGCAUAUGCCAGCGCUAAUAACAAUAAAGUUGGCAACCAUCAUCGCCUGGCUGCCGAUUCGCACAACAGCAGUGCCACUACUGCGGGUGCAAAUGGUUUAAAUGGCAUGCGUGUUAUUCGCAAAAAGAGUUAUUUGGCACCAAUCAUGAGCAUUCCGUUAAAUGAUUGUACCCUAAAGGAUGCAUCCUCUACCAAGUUUGUACUUGUAGGGAAACCGACUCUUAACGAAAAUGCAGAUGUUAGAAAAUCAAGCUCUAGUACAUAUUUGUCAGGCUCUUCACAAGCUUCUUUGCCGAAGUAUAGCCAUGAGACUGCAAAAAUAUUCUCAAAGGCCCCAUUUCAUAAGUUUUUGAAGGGAAGCAAACCAAAAAAUAAGAAUGCAAAACCAAGCGAACUAGAUCAAUUCUACGCAGCAGCUCAAAAAGAAUCCAACAAUUAUGUGACCUGGACUUUUAAAAUAGUUUCCCCGGAACCUACUGAAGAUGAAUUGAAACAUUUUAAGCGGUGGGUGCAAGAUUUGAAGAAUCUAACUAGUUUCAAUGAUACUAAAGAAAGAGUAAAAUUUAUCGAAGAUCGUGUCAUGAAAUCACACCGGUUCAAAGCGGGUCAUAUGUCAAGGCAUAGCAUGAAUAUAGGUUCCCACACACCUUGUUUAACUGAUAGUUCAUUCACAUUGCAAGAUGGCACUACAACCUCUCUCAAUCUAAAGGGAAGAACAGAGAAACCUCAGUAUAUUCAUAUUCAGAACAAUUCAUUGGCGGAUUUUGAUGGAAAUGGUUUUAGGUCCAAGGUUAAUACACCCGCUAUAGAUGAUUAUGGUAAUUUGAUUACAGUAGAAAGGAGGCCUGCACAAUCUCCGCAUCAAUAUUCUGACUACAUGGCCACGUCAGGUAAUACAACGCCCUCUUAUUCAUCGGGCUCAAGACCUCAGAGCAUGUAUAACGGAUAUAAUCCAGCCGUUUCAAUAACAAGCAAUGGCAUGAUGCUCCAACAGUCGGCAGUUAAUGGUAAUAAUAACCCGACAACCAAUUUGCGUCAUCAAAGGAACAUUUCGCAAACAAGCUCUUUACCGGGCUUUUCAUACACAUCACCAUCCCUACCGGUAAAUUCUCCGGGCAGUUCUAACUCUGAAUCCAGCUCGGGUGGUUAUUUUGCCAUUCCGCUACACGGAAAUAACAAUAAUUACAUGCAAAGAAACUCUGAAGACUCUAGCCCAUGUUAUAACGAUGAUCAAGUACGACAACAGCAACAACCACAACAAAUGCAAUCCUUAUCAAGAACUUCAAGUUCAAGUAUUAAUGUUACAGGGAUGAGAAGUACAUCUGCAGGUGUUCCGGCUACGGGGAAUGCUCCUGUUGUACCUAAGGUGAUGGUUAAUAACCAGAAUGUCAAAACUGUUCCAGCUGAUCAGUCAGCUACAGCAUCUUCUUCACCUACGAUGAACUCUCCUGUGACAACGAUCAACCGCGAAUCACCCUACCAAACUUUAAAGAAAACUAACAGUACAGGUAAUGUUCCUUGUUUAACUACAGAAAAAACGCACGCACACCCUGCUUUCUAUAAACGAGGCAAUAAUAGUGCUCAAAAUUUGACCACCUCUAGCUCGACAGCUUCUAGAGUGCACCCUAUUCGAAAGCACAAAAAAAAUGUAUCGUUCAGUUCAUUAAACAGUUUGAUGUUUUCAAAAAAAGGUGCAAAUCACGGCGGUAAUUUAAUGACCAACCAAUUUAUGAGUGGUGGCAUUCAGGAAGAUGAUGAUGAUUCAGGAAAUAAUGAUUCCAUAAAACUAAACCAGUCAAUUUAUUCUUAA